AUGUCAAAUCUUAUUGAAUCUUCAAUUAUUGAGAGAGAAACAAAUUUUAGACUUCCUAAAAGUGAUGAUCGUAAAUUUCGAGGAUUAAUCUUAAAAAAUGAAUUAACAGUUUUUCUAGUAUCAGAUCCUGAAUCUAAAAUGAGUGGGUGUUGCUUAUCUGUAAAGGCUGGGGCUAUGCAAUCUCCGGAAAACCUUGAUGGUUUAGCUCACUUCCUAGAACAUAUGCUAUUCUGUGGUACUAAAAAGUAUCCAGAUGCAACUGAUUAUAAAACUUAUAUAACUGAAAAUGGAGGUCAUAGGCAAGGUUAUACAACAAGAGGAUAUACUACGUACUACUUUGAAGUAAAGAAUGAAGCUUUUAAAGGAGCUUUAGAUCGUUUCUCUAGUUUCUUUAUUUGCCCAAUUAUUUCCCCAAGUAUGGCUGAAAAGGAAGUUAAUGCAAUUCAAAAUGAAUUUCAACUUAAAUAUUAUGAUGAUGAUAGAGUGAAAUAUCAUAUGAGUGGGAAAUUUGCUGUAGAAUCUCAUCCCGUCCACAAAUUUACAACUGGAAAUAAGGAAACAUUAGAAACUAUCCCGAAGUACAAAAACAUUAAUGUUUAUGAAGAGUUGCUGAAAUUUUAUGAAAAAUAUUAUAGUAGUAAUAUAAUGUGUGCUUUAUUAUAUGGAAAUGAGAAUCUGUACAAGCUUGAAGAAUAUGCAGUAGAAUAUUUUUCUGGAAUACAAAAUAAAAAGGUCAAAACAAUUGAUUAUAUAAAGUUAUAUCAUGAAAAUCCCCCUUAUACUAAAGAUACAGUUAUUGGUAAGAUAGCUAAAGUUAUUCCCCAUAAGCAAGAUAGGAAAUUAAGUUUAAUAUUUCCAAUGCCUAGUAUAGUUCCCUAUUGUAAUAGCUCUGCAGCUUCUUAUAUUAGCCAUAUUAUAGAUAACCAAGGUGAAGGAAGUAUAUUCUCAGCUUUGAGAGAUAGGAGUUUGGCUACUAAUGUGUCAUUUUUAAUAAUAGAUAAUGAUGAAGCAUUUGCUAUGGCUCAAUUUACUGUAAUUUUGACUGAGGAUGGUUAUAAAGAUAUUUGUCUUGUUGUCGAGAUUAUCUUGAAUUUUGUUGAACUAUUUAAAGCUAAUCCAAUUAUACCAGAUUUAGUUGAAGAAUUCAUUCAUUUAUGUGAGGCAGAUUUUAUGUAUUCUGUAAAACUUCCGGUUUCCACAUUAUUCUCAAUACCAAUAAAUCUUUUAAAAUACAGAUGUGCACUUAAAGAUAUAAUGACUACCAAUUGGGUUGUUGAGGAAUUUAAUAAUAAUCAUGUCUUUGAGAUUUUAAAAUAUAUGAAUAAGGAGAAUUUCUAUAUUUAUUUAAUAGCUCCCGAUAUUAAGUCUGAAUAUGAAAAAGAACCGGAAUUUUUUGAAAUUGAGCAUCACUAUAAUGUAAAAUAUAAGGUAACUGAAUUUGAUGAUUCAAUGAAACAUAUUAUUGAUAGUGCAUCAGUAGAAAAUGCUAGACAACUUGGAUUGGAGUUACCAAAGAGAAAUCCAUUUAUAUCGACAGAUUUUACUAUAUAUAAUGAACAGACUCCUGGAAUUAAUGAUUUUGAUAGACUUCCUUAUCUACUUAAUUUUGACAAAUAUAAAUCUGAAUUACGGGGGUUUCCAGCACCGAAAAUAUGGUUUAAAUCAGAUACAGUCUUUGGUUUACCUCAAAGUGUUAUUAAUUUCAGAAUUUUAGCUACUAAUAUUGCAUGUAUUGAACUUGAAGAUAAAGCUAAAUUUCUCACUGAGUUCGAUAAUCUCCCAUACACUUUAGUAUUUCAAGUAUUUGGAAAUAUUUUAGAAGAAACUAUUAGAAGAACUAUGCAUCAAUAUAAAUCUGAUAUUGCAGCUGCAUCUCUUUCUUUUAAAUGUAGUUUUAAUGCUAGACACAAUGUACUUGCUCUUCAAGUUUCUGGUUUUUCUCAUAAAGUACAUGUUUUAAUGAAUCUAGUACUUAAUCUGCUCUAUGAAAAUAUAAUUACAGAGAGAGAAUACAAUGAAGCAGUCAUUAUUAUAGAUAGACAAUGGACUAAUAAGAUACUUCAAUCCAAGUUAUAUCCACUAGCUAUAGAUAAAGCCUCAGAAGCAAUAAUUCCAACUGCAUUUUCUAGAAAAGAACUACUGGGGAUUCUAAAGAUUUUUACUUACCAAGAAUUUAUUAUUUUGUAUAAACAUUUUCUAGCAUCUAGCAAUCUUGAAGGCUUAAUUUUGGGAAAUUUAACUGAUAACAUGGCUACUGAGAUUGUAAUGGAUAAUUAUAUGAAUAUUAUUAAAUAUAAACAAGCUCAUGAAUGUAAUAUUAAAAGUCAUAAAGUAGAGCCUUUCAGUACUAUUCUUCUUAAUGAAAAUAUUUAUAUUGAUCAAAUUCUACAGAAUGAGACCGAUAGGAAUGGUUCUUGGCUUUGUCUUUACCAAAUUGGAGCUUCAAGCAAUGAGACACAAAUUAAAAUAAAUAUUUUGGAUUCAUUUUUAUCUUCUGAAGUUUUUCAUGAACUAAGAACUAAAAAGCAACUUGUAUAUGUUGCAAAUUCUUUACAGAUGAUGACUUGUCCAGUUCAAGUUUUUGGUUAUUAUAUCCAAUCAUCUGAAUAUAUGAAUUCUUUUAUUCUGAAAGAACUUUUAGAUUUCCAAUUCAAUAAGGUUAUUUCAGGUGAAGUUCGUGAAAAAUUUACAAAGGAACUAUUCAAUACAUAUUUAGAUUCUGAAAUUCAAAAGUACUCAUCUUGGCCUAAAAGUAUAUAUGAUGAAAUCACAGUAUAUAUUAAAGAAAUAAAUGAGAAAUCUUUUCAAUUUGAUCAUCGAAAUGUAAAAAUCAAUUUAUUAAAAUCACUCAAAUAUGAUGACUUUAUGAACUUUUAUGAUAGCUGUUGGACUUCUCCAUGUAUUCUUGUUGAAUUAAGAUCACAGGUUGAUUCAGAGAAACAAGGUGGUAUUGAGAUAACUAAACUUCCUCCUUCUUUUAAGCAUAUUUCACCUAUUUAUAAAUUAUCAAGAGAUGAAUCUUUUCCUAAAAUAUCAAUACCAAUGAUCUAA